UUUUAUUUUAAGGUCCGAAUCCCUACAUCCUCCAUUUCACUGCUCUGUAUAUAGGAACCUCAAUACCUCACCUUUCUGUUUAAAAAAAAUAUCCUACACGUUUCUUGUACUUUCUUGGGUGGAUUGUUCCAGUUCCGUGUCUGGUUUUUGGCUGUGGCACUAUGUCUUCGGGAUUAUGUUCGCAGGGUGGUUUGGUCUUAGCAACUGCUAUGGUUGUUUCCAGCACUGUGAUUUUCCUUACCCUUUCAAGGCAAAAAAAUUUGCUCCCUCCUAAGCAAUCUCUUCGUUCUUGCCUGUCUUCCUCAGAGGGGAAGAGAAGGGAUAAAAAGAAGAAGAAAGUGCAGUUUGCCGAGAAUGUAAAGGAAACGAAUGGUAAUGGAGAAAAGUACAGGAAAGAACAACGAAAGAAGUUGAUUGCAGAAACAGAUAGAUUUUGCAGGAAUGAAAUGCCUCCUAAUAGGAUUGCUUUAUACAAUGGAAUCCUCAGGGAUCGUGUGCAUAAAAUGCAGAGUUCGUAUUGAUUGUUUACUUUUUGCUGCUUCUAAAUUUUAAAAAACAUCUGCCCAAAUUAUUGGUUUUUACUGAAAUUGUUGAGCAAAGAUUGUAAAUUCCGUCCUUGAAAAAUUAACUUCUGAACUGUUUUCCA